AAAAAUCAAAGCCCAACCUUAUGAAGGACGCUAACCAGCUAGAACCCUAACCCCCAUUUCCCUCCAAAAAUAGCUGAAUUUUGAUGAUGCAACCGUAAGCGUAACAUUUCCCUAUCAUUCGAAGCCUUUUACUAUUGGUUAAUUAAAAUCUCAGAAUUUUUAUUUGGUGAUCAUCAAAUACUCCAAAAUUUGGUAGAAUGGCUGAAGAAGAAGCAGAAUCGACUAAAUCAGCUGUGUUAGUGAGGUCAUGGAGGACUGCUUUCUUGACUUUAAGGGAUGAAACUCAAACUCAAAAUCAUGCUACUAACACUUUGAUUAAUGUUCUUCCCGUGCUCGACGAACUCAUCUUCGCUCACUUUCACUCAUUUGUUGCUGCUGCUCCUUCCCUUCCACCUCUUGAGGUUACGUCUGAUUUGAUGUAUAUGUUGAAUGUGGCGGCUCCGAGCAAUGGCAUGAAUGAAGACACAGAGCGUGCUUUGUAUCUCGUUUGUCAUCUGAUCUACAACAUUGCUCUCCGUGUCCCACUUGCACUGAGUUCUUCUGCUUGGUCUGAGAUGCUUGGCUCUUUCAGCAAGAUGGCAAAGUCUUUUAUUGAAGAUGCCGUCAGAGAAAGAUUUGUCUCUGAAAAUUCAGUUGGCAUCAAAGCUACAAAGGAUUGUCUGGAAACUACAAGGCACCUGAUCAGCAUGGAUCCUCGAAGGUCUUCAAUAUCUGAAAACAUCCAGCUGGUGGAAUUCCUUCUUCAUAUUAUUGUAUGUUGUCAUUCUGAGUUGAAUGGUUCUUAUCACUCCAUUAGUGACUUGAGGUGUUGUGGUGAUUCUGGGAAUAGAAAUCCUCAACAUGCUAGCUUGUGGAAAGUUCAAACAACUGCCUUUUCUAUGGUUGGUGAAGCGUUUACAAGAGUUGGACCUUCUUUUCCCUUAGGCACUUGGCAGUCGGUUGUUGAGGUUCUGAGGAAAGUAAUGGAUGCACUUGCGACCAAGAUGUUUCCUGCAGAGGAUGGUACCCUGUCAAGGUUUUACACCUCAGUCUUGCAUUGUCUUCACCUUGUACUAAUAAAUCGGAAAGGUUCUCUUUCAGAUCAUUUGGCAGCUUUUGUAGCAGCAUUAAGAAAGUUUUUAGCUUAUGGCCUGAAUAAUUCAAGCCUGUUAUCCUUUCAUGGCGACAAGGAUCCAGGCCCUUCAAGCCAUAGGUUUACUUCGAGGGAAACCAUAAAAAAGGAUGUUGGUGCAUACAAGCCUCCACAUUUGCGCAGGAGGACAAGUUCUUCUCUGCAGCAGACGCUAACUAAGACUUCUAAAAUAUCAUCGGAUCAGGACUCUUCUCCACUUGAAUUUUCAUCAUCUGAUUCUGACUAUAGUGAUAGUGAUGGUGUCCCGAAAGAUUUCGAUAACGUGAGCAGCUGUAAGGCUAGAGUUGCUGCUAUAAAUUCUAUACAGGAUCUUUGCGAAGCUGAUCCAAAGGCCUUUAUUGCACAUUGGACAAUGCUUUUGCCAACUAAUGAUGUACUUCAACCGAGGAAGUAUGAAGCGACUUUGAUGACUUGCUUGUUAUUUGAUCCAUUCCUGAAGGCACGCCUGGCAUCUGCCUCAGCGAUUGCUUCCAUGCUGGAGGAGCCAUCCUCUGUUGCUCUUCAGGUUGCAGAAUACAGGGAAUCAACUAAAUGUGGAUCCUACAUGGCACUCUCAAGCUCUCUGGGUCAUAUACUCUUGCAACUACAUGCUGGUGUGCUACACUUAAUUCGACAUGAGAGACAUACUGGAUUGCUGACUUCUUUGUUCAAGAUUCUCAUGCUGAUGAUAUCAUCCACACCGUAUUUGAGGAUGCCUGGAGAGUUGUUGCCCAGAGUCCUUUCAUCUCUUAGAUUGAGGAUUGAGGAGGGGUUUCCAUUUAAAAAUGAUCAGACCAGUUUGCUGGUUAUUGCUAUCAGUUGCUUGACUGGAGCUGUAUCUACAUCACCGUCCUCUUCACAUGUUUAUAAAAUGUUUGAAGCUGAAAUAUCUGCAGGCUUAUUUUUGGGUAAAGGAGGAUCAGGUGUCUUGAUUACUCUGCUUCAGCAUGCUGAGCAAGUCACCAAUCCACCAAUAUGUUCCGAAGCUCUCCAGGCCCUCAAAGCAUUAUGCCACAACUACCCUAACAUAAUGGCUGCGUGUUGGAAACAAAUUUCAGCCACCGUGUAUCAAAUUUUGAGGCCAGGCACUUUUGGGUUACCUUAUGGAAAAGGAGCUUUUGGUUAUGACACUGGCUCGACUAUGGAUAAGGUUUUGUCAUCUGCUGUCAAGGUUUUAGAUGAAUGUCUUCGUGCUGUAUCUGGAUUUAAAGGAACUGAGGAUCUUGUUGGUGAUAGAUUAGUGGAGACUCCCUUCGUGUCAGACUUUGUUCGUGACAAAAAAAUCUCUUCGGCCCCAUCCUAUGAAUUGGAGAGUGCUGGUGUUUCUAGAGACAAUCUGUCAGGGAGCACAGAGUGGUCUGAGGCCAUUGAGAAGCAUAUAGCCAUAUCUAUAUGCCAUGCAUCUGGAAUGGUGAGAGCUGCAUCCGUUACUUGUUUUGCUGGUAUGACUUGCGCUGUCUUAUUUUCUCUCAAGAAGGAGCAGCAGCAGUUCAUCAUUUCUUCCUGUAUAAAUGCUGCAAAUGAUUCAGUCCCUUCAGUUAGGGCAGCUGCGUGUCGAGCAAUUGGUGUCAUUGCUUGUUUUCCAGAGAUCUUUAGGAGUGCAGAGAUCCUUCACAAGUUUAUCAAUGCUGUGGAGGUUAACACACGUGAUCAACCUGUAUUGGUGCGGAUCACUGCAUCUUGGGCACUGGCAAACAUAUGUGACUCUUUUAGACAUAGUGUUUCAGAUUUUUCUUUAGAUCCUGAAGCAAAUUUUCGAGUGGUGACAUUUUUGUUAGAAUGUUCGUUGAAGCUAACAACAGAUGGAGACAAGAUAAAGUCAAAUGCGGUUAGAGCUCUUGGUAAUCUUUCGAGAGUGAUCCGGUUCUCGAAUCCUCUUGAACAAGGCAAAUGUGCUGUCACAUGUCCAGGAACCGGUAAGAUGGACAACUUUUCCUGGAAGUGCACUUCAACACAAGAGGACACUGCUCGGUCUACAGAUUCCUUGGGAUGUGUUCAUUUAUUGGAGAAAAUUGUGCAAGCUUUCCUCUCAUGUAUUACAACUGGAAAUGUGAAGGUGCAGUGGAAUGUUUGCCAUGCAUUAAGCAACUUAUUUCUAAAUGAAUCACUGAGAAUGCAGCGGAUGGAUUGGGCUUCAUCAAUUUAUAGCAUUCUUCUGCUGUUGCUUCGUGAUUCUUCCAACUUUAAAAUUCGGAUACAAGCUGCCGCUGCUUUGACUGUGCCAUCAACAGUGCUUGAUUAUGGCAGUUCGUUCUCAGAUGUUGUUAAAAGUAUUCAACACAUUCUUGAGAAUGUGACAACAGACCAACAUUCAACUCCUAGUUUCAAGUAUAGAAUUGCCUUAGAGAAGCAGCUGACCGCAAGCAUGCUUCACGUUCUUGGUCUUUGUUCAAGCAACAGUCAUGAACCUCUGAAAGAAUUCCUCCUCAAAAAAGCGUUGUUCAUUGAGUGCUGGUUGAAAGAUUUGUGCUCAUCGCUUGAGACAAGAAUUCAGCAAGAGGAUGAAGUGGACUUGUAUAGGAACGGUAAAAAAGAUUUAGUCUCCAAAGCAAUACAAUCACUGAUUGAAGUGUAUGAGAGUAAAAACCAGUCUUCUUUGGCACACAAACUUCAGAAGUUACUUGUAGCUUGUGGAUGAAUUGCUGGCUAGUCAACUACAUACACUGUGACACGAAAUAUUAUAUUCUUGCAUAUCCAACACAUCUAUCUAUCCAAUAUGACAUUUGGUGCAAUGAACAUAAAACUUGGAUAUUUUGCUGGAUGCUGGGCCUAUAAGUGUGUGAUGCGAUCAGAGUACUCAUACCGGAGCAAAGGCCGAGACUUGGAUGAUGAAAAUGAAGAGAUAACUCAUAUCCACUGCCCUCUUCUACACCAUGUCUGGAAACAAAUUCAUUGUCUAUCUAGGAAGAACGACUUCCUCAUUCUUGUUCUUUCUGGAGGAGUGAUUUCAGAGUCCGCUCGUGCUCUUUUGUACAUGAAUGUUGUAUUAUUUUGUAUAAUUUCCUCCAUUUUGGGCUAAGUUAUGGAUGGUUGCUAUAGGACUAUAUGUAUAGGAACUAUGUUGGUUUUGAUAAUUGUAUUGAUUGAUAAAACAAACAGAACACUGUUCAAAUUCUUGCGGGGUUUAGUAGAAAGUGCAAUGAUGUACGAAAUAGUACAUUAACCUGUUCCACAUCAUUUGCUGA